GAAAGUUGGCCAUGAGCGUCUGGACUCGGACCCGCUUUUCGACCUCUCAACUGACGUGAAGAUGAACAGAGAAGAGAGGAGCCGGAAGAAGACCGGGAGCCUGCAGAGGAGGCGCAGAGAGCCGCUCCGGAGUCCACCUCCACCGGCCCGGGAGGAGGACCGGAGAGGCUCGGGUAGGCGUCCGGGACAAGUGUCCUCUGGUCGGGAGCCCGGGACUCAGAGGAAGCUGUCAGACUCCAGCAACGCUUCGGAGGAUCUGAGCAAAGACUCGGGAUGUGUGUCCGCGGGGAAGCUGUCCGCCUCGGACAGCAGCUCGGAGAUCUCGGACUGCACCUCCGAGAGCAACAAGCGGGACUCCCCCUGCAGCGACCUCGGCCCCGGCUCAGGGAGAGAGGCGUCGGGGGAGGGAGCCGGUCUGCUGCCUGGAUGUCCGUCACUCACCAAUUCCUCUGGUCCGUUCGUGGAGCUGAUGACCGCGGGGGACACCGAGGAGCUCCUGCGAGAGCUGGAGGAGCUCAGGUCCGAGAACGAGUACCUGAAGGACGAGGUGGAGGAGCUCCGCUGUGAGAUCUUGGAGAUGAGGGACGUCUUCCAGGAGGAUGAGCUCUUCCAGCUGCAGGAGCUGCGGCUGCAGCUGGAGCACUCCAACAAGACCUGCCGCAUCCUGCAGUACCGGCUGCGCCAGGCGGAGCGCCGCAGCGUGCGCGGGCCCCAGAGCAGCCCGGCUGACGGGGAGGUGGUCCGGACCCUGGAGCACGACGUCAAGGUGGCCCGCAGCGUCUCUCUUCGCCUCUUCCAAGACCUGGAGUCUCUCCGCUCCAAGAGCACCCAGGUGGAGCAGGAGAACCAGGAACUGCGUGAGAGGACACAACAGCUGGAGGUGACCUGCCAGGUCCUGCAGGGGGAGGCGGAGCGGGCCAGAGAGAUACUGAAGAAGAGGGGCUUCAGGCAGUCGGGGGCUCAGUCCGAGCGGAGGCUUUCCCAACAUCUGGAGGACGACAGCUCGGAUCUCCACUGCCAGCUGCACUUCGCCAGAGAGGAACUGUCCCUGAUGUGCAAGAAGCUGGCGAGGCUGGUGCCGGAGAGCGAGGCGAUGCGCGGACAGCUCGAGCGCUACCACGGCGCCUAUGGGGACAUAGACGCCCCCGUGUCGCCGCAGGGGAAGAAGAGCUCGCGGCGCUCCAGAGAGGCGGAGCUUAAGACUCACCUGAGGCUGGUGGAGGAGGAGGCGGUGCUGCUCAGCCGCCGAAUUGUUGAGCUGGAGGUGGAGAACCGCGAAUUGAGGUCAGAGGUCAACGCCGUGCAGGCAGAACGGAAACCUGAUGACGGAAGAGGAAGUGAGCAGGAGCAGUCGGUGAGCCUGACCACCAGGGAAGGUCCGGUCGGUGGGGAACAAGACCCGUCUGAUUGUAACCAUGGCAACCCGGCAGUGAGCUGUCACAUGACUGCCGCGGACUACCAGCAGCUCGCUGCCCUCAGGGAUCACGCCUGCAUCCUGACUUCAGCCCUUCAGUUGCUGAGGGCACCAGCAGGGGGCGCGGACGAGGCGCUGGAGCUCCUGCUGGUGCUGCUGCAGGAACUCAAUCAGAGGGUGGAGGCCCUGAUGGGCGGGGCUAGUGUUACAGCUGAGAGAGACCCAGAGGAUGGAAAAACUCUUCAACUACCGGAGGUGAUGAAGAACCUGAAGCACACAAAAAAGCCAGAGCUGAAUUGCAGCGACCCGAAGAUGCAAGUGUCCCUGCGGGUCCUGUGGAUCCUGCAUCAGUGGACCAGCUCACAGAGAGAUGUGAAGGGUCGGGAAAGAAGCAGUUUGCUCCUGCAGGAGCUGCUGGACACCUUUGGAGCUGAGGUGCGAGACAAGAAGACAAGUGGCGCCGGCAUAUACGAGGUCAGGGAGCUGGGCGGAACCACAGGUUCGAGAGGAGCCCGCUGUUGUGGUGCACCAAAGAAGAACUGGCUCUACGUGAGUCGGGAAGCCGCUUGUGUGGACCGGGAAGAUCUGGUCAAGACCUGGGACCAUCCUGUGAUGCCGCUCAGUUUCCCUGACCUCCAGCGUGACCUCAGCCAGAGGAGCCACACCGCCCCAGAACGAUCUGCGGUGCGGAUCUACUUCAGCCCGCCCUCUGCCCGCCGUGUCCGGGCAGCACAGAGGAACCUUGGUGUUGGAUCCUCUCCGGCGGGUCCAGACUCACACCUGACUGUGGGAACCCGCUCCGGUGUGAGUCUUCCGGGUCAGCACCACCCGGGCCUGGAUUCCAAGCCUCUCAUGGUGAGUGUGGGUCUGCAGACGGAGGGGUCCCCACUGAGAGCCGCUUCCUGUCGAGCUUUGGGAUCUCCCCGUCCGCACGCAUCUUCAGACAGACCGCGGAGCCGACCCGACCGCUCCAGAAGUUCCAGUCAGAACUCAGUGGCAGGCCUGUCCCCCAGAGCCUCCAACACCCACCAGGCCCCUGCACAACGCUACGCUUUGGUGACGGAGUUUCUGAGGCGGGUCAGCGGGCGUGCUGAGACCCAGAAGGCCAGAAGUGACCCCAAGGCCUCAGGCCAGGUCCAACCAAGACCGCCGUGUGCUGCGAGCCUUCACCGAAGUGACAGCAUGAGUCGGAAGAAGGGCUUCAUGAGGCCCAGAGAAGAACCGGGCCGCACUGCCAGGACACGCCAGGACCAGAAGAGCCAAACAACCACCACGGGUGAACUCCAUGACUGCAGCACCAGUGCUUCCAGACGCUCUGCCCCUCUCUCCCUUUGCUUCACGGACAAACGCCACAGAGCCACGGCAGUCGUGGGCGCCUCCUCAGACCACCGUUGAGCCGUGCCCGUGGUGCUGAGAGGGGCCAGGAGCGUGAGUAAAUGAUUCCACCAGGGGCGCCAAAAGCCACGGUUCAAAUGUAAACAGACAUGGUUUGAUAAAAAUACACAAAAACUUCCAAAAUAUGAAAUAUUUAAA